CGCAGGCGCCGAAGCUGUUUGUUUACCCGCGUCCUUAGCCGGACUCGGUCGUCGCGACUCCUGUUCAACCCUCCUCGCUCCGCUGCCCUCCGCCGAUCUCACCCAAGAAACCGCUUUAAUGAUGGAGAUCCAAAAUCAAAGUGCUCAACAAAAUGUGUCCUCCUCGCCCCCGGAUAAGCCAAAACUCAUGCAGGGUGGUAACUACAUCCGCGAGGGUCGCGACUCUACCAAGUCAACUUGGCUGUUGUUUUCUCCGGCCACUCCCGACGAGGCUGGAGCCCUCGCCAAGUUCCUCAGCAUCUUCUCCUCGCAUGGAGUCAACCUCAGCCACAUCGAGUCUCGCUCCUCGGCCAGGAGACCAGGAUACGAGUUCAUGGUAGAAUGCGAACACGGUGCUGGAGACUUCGGAGCCGCCAUUGAAGAUCUGAAGACGAACGUUGGUUAUUUGAACAUAAUUUCCAGGAAUUACAAGGAUAAUAGAUCGGCUGUACCCUGGUUCCCGCGCAGAAUCCGCGACCUCGACCGCUUCGCGAACCAGAUCCUGUCGUACGGCGCCGAGCUGGACUCCGAUCACCCUGGCUUCACGGACCCCGAGUACCGCGCCCGUAGGAAGUACUUCGCUGACAUCGCCUACAACUAUAAGCACGGCCAGCCGCUGCCCCACGUUGACUACACCCCCGAAGAGAUUGCAACCUGGGGAGUGGUGUUCCGCAAGCUGGUGGAACUUUACCCUACACACGCGUGCAAGGAACAUAACCACGUGUUCCCGCUGUUGAUCGAGAACUGUGGCUAUAGGGAGGACAAUAUCCCUCAGCUGGAGGAUGUAUCCAACUUCCUUAAAGACUGCACUGGCUUCACUCUGAGACCAGUGGCCGGUCUGCUCUCCUCCCGAGACUUCCUGGCGGGACUGGCGUUCCGCGUGUUCCACAGCACGCAGUACAUCCGGCACCACUCGCGCCCGCUCUACACGCCCGAGCCAGACGUCUGCCAUGAGCUGCUCGGCCACGCCCCGCUCUUCGCAGACCCUGCCUUCGCCCAAUUCUCGCAGGAGAUUGGACUCGCCUCGUUGGGAGCUCCUGAUGACUACAUCGAGAAACUCGCCACGUGCUUCUGGUUCACGGUGGAGUUCGGUUUGUGCCGGCAAGACGGUAACUUGAAAGCGUUUGGCGCCGGGCUGCUGUCCUCAUUCGGCGAGCUACAAUACUGCCUCUCUGAUCAGCCAGAGCUCAGGCCCUUCGAGCCAGAAGUCACCGGAGCCACCAAGUAUCCCAUCACCGAGUACCAGCCUGUUUACUUCGUCGCUAACAGCUUCGAGGACGCCAAGGAGAAGAUGAUUAAGUUUGCCCAGACCAUUCCCCGAGACUUCGGCGUGCGGUACAACCCGUACACGCAGAGCAUCGACAUCCUGGAUUCGUCACGUCAGAUGAAGGACUUACUCCGGGAGGUGCACCAGGAGAUGGACCUGCUUCUGAACGCCAUGGAAAAACUAUAGACUUACUUAGUUUAGUUUAGACUAAGAUGCCAGCCAAGCUAGACAAAGCUUAGUUAUUUUUAUAGCAGAAAGCCGGGUAGAGCAAACAGAUAAUCUGAUGAUUUUAGACCCUGAUUAAUUGGGAGUUCGUCAUCGAAUUUAAGCCACUAUUAACUUCGCUAAACAUAAAAUACAGCCAACUAGCUGUACAUAGUGCACUUUUCACAACGCCGAGGAGGAAUCGACGCACUUACUAUCAACUAAGUAACAAAUUUUUCGUUCAAAACGUAUAAUGGGGAUAGAUCUCUUGUGAAUAAAAGAGACAUAGUUUAUAUGUUACGGUAAAUAUGAAUGAGUAAUGCGUUUAUAAUUAAUUAUUACCAAAAAAUCAUAAUAUUAAACACAGGAUGUGGUAAAUUGGCUUUGGCGGCACGCGACAUCACUGUCUCCAGUAGUUUGUCGCAGCGCUAAGACCUAUAAAUAAUGGAAUUUGUUGAGCGAUGCUCGCUAACUAAUUUCUAGUUUCUAGUUCUACUUCCUGCUCGUUUAUCAUCAUCGACGGUGGGACGAAUGCCUUAAAGUUUUAAGCGUUAUUUCUUCUGUCAACAUAUUUUUGCAAUAAAUACCGGCUGUUGUGGCUCUAAUCCUCUUUAUCCCUAUUUGUUAAAACUAAUUAGUGCUGCCCGAGACACGCCGAGCGUCACCGCUCGGUGUCAUAUAAUAAGUACCACUGCCGAUCCUGGCUCACAGGAUUUACAGUGGUGGCUGUAACGGCGGGAUAGUCUCGUAUUCUAGCUCUACUACUACAUAUGAUCGUAAUAUAAUUAGUGUUAUAAGUAAAAUUACGAUAUUCAGUUUUAAAGAAACAUUAUAGAAUUUUAAAAACGGUGCAAUGUAUGCCAAAUAAAUAAAAUAUAGUAAAACUCUUUUUACGAUCACCAAUAGGCUGCUCUUUGGCGUUUUUCGUUGAAUCGCGGAAUAUUGUCUAGAGUCGACGCAGUAUCCCCGCGCUAGAGGGUCUAUCGCUGAUGUUAAAAGUGUUGUGUUUUGUAGCUCUAUUAAUAAGUUAGUGUAGAAUAAAUUCCAUAUGUUAACUCACUAGAAAUAUGAUAUAUUCGGGUUUCACACUCGUUUUAAUUAUUAUAAUUAAGUAUUAAUGUAUAUUUUAUUUAUUAUACGCCAUUUGUAAAUGAAACAGUAAUAUUAACCAACGUUAUAUAUUCAAGAAUUUGUACAGAAUAAAAUUAUGAAAUGUGAUAAAAAAUGACGAGACGUUACAACGUACGUGAUUAUAACUACUAUAAAUUAGGAGAUAUCAAGAAAUGUACACUUUAAGCUUGGGUGUAAGAGAGUGGUGACGUCAUUUAGCGACCGCUAUAUACCAACCGACGUCAAUGAAAGGGAAUAUUUAGAGAGCGUCUUUUGUAAUUGUAAAUUUACUCCGCCAUAUCGUCGAAGUCGCACCGCUUACCUCGUACCCCGAAGCUUAUGCCUAUUCCAAUACGUAAUACUUGCUAUAAUAGCGAAACGAAUAUCAUUCAAUCCACUACUAGCGAAUAUCACGUAUUUGAAAGAAUGAGGUGUUUUAUAUACAACAUUGAAGGGAAUAGUUGCUAUUUAUCUUUUGCGAUGUAAUUGACGUACUACAUUAUACAGUAAGUUGAGACCGAGCGACUUGGACGGGUAGUGAAGAAUUUAGAGUUUAUGUGGACUUAUCGCUUCGGAGUACGCUCAAAAUAUAUUAUAAAAAAAUGAAAACAUACUUAUAUUUUCACAUUAUUUUUAAAUGCGAAAUUCGAUUCAAAUCUUUCAUAUUGUCUGUAAUAUAACAUGAUUUUUUAUGGUAUUUUGAGGCAUUUUGGGUCAAACUAUAAGUACCCAAACGUUUAAUAUUCAAAUUACACUCUUAAUCCUUCAUGUAUUGGUUACAUCAUUUGAUGUUCCGUGCAAUCGCCCGAUCUCUAGUUAAUAAAUUAAUAUAAGUUUUAUACAAAUAAAGUUGGCAACACAGCUGCAAUACA